AUGCGUGCAGUUGUUCUGAAAGGGGUGAGAAACGUUGUGGUAGAGGAGAGACCAAUACCAAAGAUUCAAGAUCCCAAGGAUAUUAUUGUCAAAGUCCGAUACACAGCAUUAUGCGGCAGCGAACUCCACGUCUUCCGCGGCCACCAGCCCUCGGCGACGGAUUUCAUAAUGGGCCACGAGUUUACCGGCGUGAUUGAGCAAGUAGGAUCCGCGGUGCAGAACCUCCAGCCAGGAGACCCGAUCGUCUGCCCGUUCACAAUCAGCUGCGGCGAGUGCUUCUACUGCGCGCGCGGGUUCUCGUCCCGCUGCGAGAAAUGCCUUCUCUUCGGAACACCGGCAUUGGAUGGCUCCCAGGCAGAGUACGUCAGGGUGCCGCUGGCGGAGACGACUGUGGUCAAAGCCCCGAGCGGCAUCGAGGAUAUGAAGCUCUGUCUCAUGGCGGAUAUCUUCCCGACGGGAUUCUUCGCCGCAAGCGCCGGGCUCGGGACGCUGGAUCCCGACGUUGUCAGCGACAGCGUUGUUGUUCUGAUCGGCUGCGGGCCCGUGGGGCUUUGCGCCUUGAUCGCAGCCCUUGAGUAUCGGCCAAGGGCGCUGUUGGCUGUUGAUGGGAUCCAGGCCCGGCUGGAUACGGCAAGGGAUCUUGGUGCCGAGCCGUGGAACUACCAAACCGAUCGGCAGGGUCUCUCGGAGCGUGUCAAGGAACUGACCGCCGGCCGUGGAGCCGACGUUGUUAUCGAGGUUGUGGGCCUCAGCCCAGCCCUUGACAUGGGAUUUGAGCUACUCCGGUCAUGGGGCAUUAUCUCCAGCGUUGGCGUCCACAAUGGCGAAAUCCCCUGGACGGGAAACCAAGCCUACGGGAAGAACCUGACGAUCAAGAUGGGGAGGUGUCCCGUGAGAAGUAUCUUUCCGCAGGCACUCGAACUCCUUGAAAAGAAGCAGCACUUAUUAAGCUUCAUGACCGAAACCAUCAUGCCCCUCAGCCAGGCUGUCGAAGGUUAUGAGAUUUUUGACAACAUGAAGGUUCACAAGGUCAUCUUCGACGCGGCGGAAUAG